AUGUAUCUUCAGACUCUUACCAAUCCAUGUCAUGGUUUCGCUCAUGUAUACUACUCGAGUCGGAUUUCAUGUAGGGUAAGACUGAGUCGUGUUCUUGCCACACCACCAUCUUCAAUCCUCUUGCAGAUGGAUGAAAGCAAAGAUCUUCCCAAGGCCAAGAAGGGUUUUUGUCUGAAUGAUGACUCAAGAAACAGUCUUUGUGAAGAUUCUUUGCUCAGGCAGGCCAACACGGUGGGGAUUAUCGGAGGCGUUUCAACUGAUGCCACUCUGAAUUUUGUGAGGAAGCUCGUGGAUUGGAGCUCUAAAGAUGGUAAAAGCUCCAUUCCCUUCGUGCUUUGCUCGGAUCCUACACUCAAUAAGGAGCUUCUCUUAUACGAGGAAAACUCUUAUCCAUCUCUUUACCAUAGAAAAGAGGGUACUCCGGCAGAUCCAAAGCAGAUUGUGGAAAAUCUAAGGAACAAGAGGAGAUCUCUUGAGAGAUGUGGAGCUAAAUUAAUCUUAAUGCCUUGUCAUAUUGCACAUACAUGGUAUGAGGAGGUUUGUGAAGGGAGUUCGGUUCCUCUGCUUCAUAUAGGUGAAUGCAUUGCUAAAGAACUGGGAGAAGCAAAAAUGAAGCCUCUUGAAGCUGGGAAUCCUCUGCGUGUAGGUGUGAUGGCCACUACUGCCACAUUAUCCGCAGGGUUUUACCAGGAGAGACUCCAGAGCAAUGGAUUUGAGGCGGUGUUUCCAGACAAGGCGACAAUGGAGCAUACAGUGAUACCAGCCAUAGAAGCAAUGAAGAGAAAAGACAUGGAAGGAGCACGGAACCUUGUGAGGAUAGCGUUGCAAGUACUACUGGUACAGGCAGUGAAUGUAGUGAUGCUCGGGUCAGAUGAGAUGCGGGACCUUUUGCCAGGAGACGAUCCUCUGUUAAAGAAGUGCGUCGAUCCAAUGGAUGCUCUCGCAAGGUCUGCCAUCAAAUGGGCAGAGACUCGAUGCUCAUAA